AUGCUCCCGGAGCCCAAGUAUGACCGCUUCCGCGACGAGCCGCUGACCGCCCCCAUGCCGUCGCCGGCCCCCGCGCCGUGCCCCGCGGCGGGCGAGGAGCCCGAGCACGGUACCACCUUCUGCGCGCUGCUGCCGCGGAUGCCGCAGUGGAAGUUCCCCGGCUCCAGCGGCUUCCUCGGCCGCGGCUCCGCCGGCGCCGCCCGGGAUGCCCCCGCCGCGGCGGAGUCCCCCUCGGGGCUGGCCGCUGUCCUGGGCGCCUGCGAGCCGCUCUGCGCCGCGCCCUGUGCGCUGCCGGGCGGCGGGAGGGCGCGGGGGACGGCGGGGAGGGCGCGGGGGGCGGCGGCACCGGCUCGGCCCGGCGGGGACGAGUGGAGCCGCAAGGGCAGCUUCAUCCGCAAACCGGCGCAGGGCUGGCUGCACCCCGACGAGCGGGUGCUGGGGCCCGGCGUCUCCUACAUUGUCCGGUACAUGGGGUGCAUUGAGGUGCUGCGCUCCAUGAGGUCCCUCGACUUCAACACCAGGACACAGGUCACCAGGGAAGCUAUCAACAGACUCUAUGAGGCAGUGCCGGGUGUGAAGGGCAUCUGGAAGAAGAAGGCUCCCAACAAAGCCCUAUUCUCCAUCCUGGGCAAGAGCAACCUGCACUUCGCUGGCAUGAGCAUCGCUGUCAACAUCUCCGUUGAUGGGCUGAACCUCAUGAUCCCCACCACACGCCAGAUCAUUGCUAACCACCACAUGCAGUCCAUCUCCUUCGCCUCCGGUGGGGACAUGGAUACCACGGACUAUGUCGCCUAUGUCGCCAAGGACCCCAUCAACCAGAGAGCCUGCCACAUCCUGGAGUGCUGCGAGGGGCUGGCACAGAGUGUCAUCAGCACGGUGGGCCAGGCCUUCGAGCUGCGCUUCAAGCAGUACCUACACAGCCCCCCCAAGGUGGUGGUACCCCCAGAGAGGGCGCUAGCUCCAGAGGAGUCAGCUUGGGGAGAGGAUGAGGAGGCAGCUGAGCACGACUACUACAACAGCAUCCCAGGGAAGGAGCCCCCCCUGGGGGGCCUGGUUGACUCCCGGCUCCGCCAUGGCACAGCCCUGGGCCACGUCCGCACUCAGCCCUGCAGCUCUGUCCCCCCCAGCCAGGGGGGGAUAGCAGCCAGACGAGACCCAAGCAGCCACCUAGGGCCACCCUGGGACCUGGAGAGCCAGGGCCAGCCCUGCGACGGGUAUCUGCAGGCAGAUGGCCACACCGUGGGGCCACGGGACUACGAGGAGCACAUGUACGUGAACACACAGAGCCUGGAUGCCUGGGAGCCAGAGCUGGUGGCUCAGGGGGCGGCAGAGGAGAGCCCCAAAAAGGACCUCUUUGACAUGAGGCCAUUCGAGGAUGCCUUGAAGCUCCACGAGUGCAUUGCAGGGGGUGGCACCAGUGCCCCCAUCAAGGACCAGUGGCCAAGCCCUCCCACGCGGAAGGCUCCCAUCGCCCCCACGGAGGAGCAGCUCCGGCGGGAGCCCUGGUACCACGGGAAGAUGAGCCGGCGGGAUGCUGAGAGGCUCCUGCAGAUGGAUGGGGACUUCCUGGUGCGGGACAGCCUCACCAACCCGGGGCAAUAUGUGCUGACGGGCAUGCACAGCGGGCAGCCCAAGCACCUGCUGCUGGUGGAUCCCGAGGGAGUGGUGAGAACCAAGGAUGUGCUGUUUGAGAGCAUCAGCCACCUCAUCAGCCACCACCGGCAGAACGAGCAGCCCAUCGUCGCGGCAGAGAGUGAGCUGCACCUCCGCCAGGUUGUACAGAGGAAACAGUGA